GUGAUUGAUUGAUUAAAAUAAUAUGAAUGAUAGAUAACAAGACAAAAACAAUUUCUGCUGAAAACGAUAUCCCACCACUCCGACGAAUCAUUUGUCAUCAUCCACCAAUAUUCCCUUUAUCGAUACACACACUAUACGAGGUUGCAAGAAAAACACCACUACCAGAAAUUAGUGUUUCUAGCUUUAAGAUUUCAAGAAACAGAGAGAUGUUUUUCAAGGUAGCAAUUUCGAGCUUGAUCACCAUAGCCACAUCAAUUUAUUUCCUCUACUAUUUGCCGCCAUUCCCUCACAAACCCUAUUACCACUCUCUCUUCACAUCAGACUCACUCUCCGACAACGAAUCAAUCUCCAACCAUCUCUACACCCUCACGCGCCGCCCUCACAUAGCCGGCUCAGAAGCCAACGCCGAAGCCGCCGCCUACGUUCUCUCCACCCUCUCUUCCUACAGCAUCCAAUCCCACAUAGCAUCUUACCACACCGCCUUGACUUACCCAGAAUCCCGCUCCCUCGUACUCACCCGCCCUUCUCCGGACCCGCCGGUUCGGUUCAGCCUCGAGCAGGAGAUUUACGAGGGCGACCCGUAUGCUGAACCGGCCUCACAGGUGGAGCCCACUUUCCACGCCUACGCUAAAUCCGGCACCGCCGUGGGCCCCGUCGUGUUCGCGAACUACGGCCGGGUCGAAGAUUACGCCGUCUUGAAACAAAUGGGCGUUAAUAUAUCCGGCAGCGUUGUUCUCGCGAGGUACGGGAAGAUAUACAGGGGCGACAUAGUCGAGAACGCGUACGCGGCGGGGGCGAUCGGGGUUUUGAUUUUCACCGACAGGAAGGACUACGGCGGAGGUGGGGCGGCGGAGGAGAAGUGGUUUCCCGACGGGAAGUGGAUGCCGCCGAGCGGGGUGCAGGUGGGCUCGGUGUACGGUGGUGCAGGCGACCCCACCACGCCGGGGUGGCCGAGCAGUGAGGGGUGCGAGAGGAUUUCCGACGAGGAAGUCGAGAAAAGCGGAGAUGUUCCGUUGAUACCUUCUUUGCCGAUUUCGUGGGCUGAUGGUGACGUCAUUAUUCGGACAGUUGGCGGUGAAGUUGGGAUUGGUGAUGAUUGGCAAGGUGGGAAAGAUUCCCCUGUUUAUAGAGUUGGCCCUGGACCUGGUGUUGUCAAUUUGACUUAUAAGGGGAAACAAGUCAUUAGCAAAAUCGAUAAUGUCGUUGGGAUUAUCGAAGGAGCCGAAGAACCUGAUCGGUUUGUGAUUUUGGGUAAUCAUCGGGAUGCGUGGACGUUUGGAGCCGUUGAUCCGAAUAGCGGUACAGCGUGCCUUCUUGAGGUGGCGGAAAGAAUGUAUAAGCUUCAGAAGAAGGGGUGGAAGCCUAGACGAACGAUUGUAUUUUGCAAUUGGGAUGCCGAGGAGUAUGGCUUGAUAGGAUCGACAGAAUGGGUUGAAGAGAACCGAAAUAUGUUGGGAUCAAAGGUGGUGGCUUACUUGAAUGUGGAUGUUGCAGUUGGUGGACCUGGAUUUGAAGCAUCUGCAACUCCACAGCUCGAUGGAUUACUCGUACAUGUUGCUAAGCUGGUUACGGACCCGGACAACUCGUCACAAACAGUGUAUGAUUCCUGGGUUAGCUCCACAAACAAUCCUAAGAUGGGAAGACUAGGAGGUGGAGGGUCAGAUUAUGCAGCCUUUGUACAACACAUUGGUGUUCCUUCAGCUGAUUUAUCCUUUGGAGGAGGUUAUCCAGUCUAUCAUUCAAUGUAUGAUGACUUUACAUGGAUGAAAAAAUUCGGCGACCCAAUGUUCCAAAGGCACGUAGCAGUGGCAAGUCUUUGGGGUUUAGUUGCACUCAAGCUCGCAGAUGACGAACUUUUACCUUUUAACUAUCACUCUUAUGCCCUCGAGCUUCAGAAAAGUGCAGAAGAGUUGAAAGAUCGAGCGUUGAACAAGGUCGUAACCCUUGUUCCACUGCUCAAGUCAAUUAGUGAAUUCGAAAAAGCAGCCACUAAGAUAAACGAUGAGAGAGAGGCAUUAAUCGAAAGCAAAGGAUGGAAAUCAAUGUGGAAAGACGGCCAUAAAAUAAGAGAGUUGAACGACAGACUCAUGAUGGCCGAGCGUGCAUUUACAGACAGAGAGGGACUUUCCGGAAGGUCGUGGUAUAAGCAUUUGAUAUAUGCACCAUCGAAGCACGAUGAUUAUGGUUCAAAGUCCUUUCCCGGGAUAGAUGAUGCAAUUGAAAAGGCGAAGAGCAUAAAUACAACCGAGUCUUGGCGUUCCGUACAACAUGAGAUUUGGAGAGUGGCUAGAGUUAUUACACAAGCUUCAUUGUGCCUCGUUGGUAAAUUAACGUGAAUAUUAUGUUGUACAUUAUGUUGCUCCAAUGGAUUGAGAAAAAUGGUGAUUGCAUUUGGCGAGGAAAGUUCGUUUACGGAAGAAGUCGGUCGACAAAGGUCAGAAGCUCGGCCAAAUUGUAUUUAAUAAUCCUGAAUUCCGAAUUAGGUCCAACGUUUUAAUAGAUACUUCCUCCAUUCCAUUUUA